AUGCCAGAGUGGUUAGUUAAGGUUAAAGACAACAAGGAUGUCGACAGAGCUCCAUAUUAUCCGGAACAUAUGAGAGAUUUACCGAGCUUAGUCGAUGGGGGGAUUAUAGUUGUUGCAGGUGCAUUAACUACUCCUGAAGGAAAAGAAAUUGGUGGAAUGUUUAUUGUAACCGCUAAAACAAAGGAAGAAGCAAUUGAAAUUGUCAAACGUGACGUUUUUGCUAGAAAGGGUAUUUUCAAUAUGGAUUCUGUUACUUGUGAAAGAACCAUUGGUAUCCGUACUGCAAGAUCAUUCGAGCCCUGUGCUAAAGAAUUCGAGUCUGUGGGUAGAAAAGUAUACGGUUAA